CUGAAUCUGGAAAUCAGAUUUUCACCACCCCGUCACUCGCUCCGGCUCACGCCGCCGUUGAAGCUGCCGCGGCGGUCACCGGGAAGUCGCCAGCUGCUGCUGCCUCGCCGUCUCUGUCCGCCCGCCGUCGCAGGGUCGCCGGGGAGAAGCUGCUGCCGCAGCGAGGAGGAACGCCGCCGUCGCCCGCUGCAGCUCGCCGUCGGCCACUGCUCCGCCAGCGCUGCAGCCGCAGGGUCCGGCGGUGACUCCGCCGUCCGCCAGCCGUCUCUGCCGGCCGCCUCCUUCCCCGAAACAACUCCGAACGAGCCUGAAACCACCCCAAAACGUCCCGCAUCACGCGUUCUUAUAAAAAGUUAAGUUCUUUCGUAUUUUUAAUUAUGUUCGGUGAUUGUUCGAUUGGUUGAUUGUUAAUUCGCUUGAAAUGGCUAUGGAAGUGGAUUAUGAAAAUGAAAUAUGGAACAACAUAUAUGUAUUACUACUUAUCUAAAUCAUGCUUUAGGAAUUAAAAAGGGAGUACCUCAAAAAGGAUUGAAUUUGGUGAUGGGGAAACAAAAUGGAAGCAAUUCCUUCUUCUUCCUCAAAAUCGGCUCUCACUCUCUCUCCCACUGUUUUUUUUUCUUUUGCUUUGCUUGAGAUGUUGAAGUGGAAGGGUGAGGGAAAGAUAAAUAACUUUUAAUCUUGGGUGACUCUUGGAUUUUGUAGAGUUAAUUGGGGGAGAUGGAAGGUGAAAGAGUUGGAAACAUGGAGGGUCUCCAAUUGAGAAGAAACGGCGAGAGGGAGGAAGGAAGAAGAAAAGAGAAUAAAAAAAAAGAAAGACUUGGCUUGUUCCCACAUUUUGGAAUUAAAAUUGGGCUUCCAAACUUGAAUUUGUUUUGGGCUUAUUCAAUUGCAAGCCCAAGUUUUUAAAAUUCUUUAUUUGUAGACUUUUUAUUUGUUAUGGCCAAAAGCCCUUUUUACUUAUAAGAAUAUUGGACUUAAUUUAGGAUCCCAAUUAUUUACUUUAUUUAUUUAUUUAUUUAUUUUUCCGCAAUUCUUUUUAUUAAUUAAAGUUCACGAAAAACUUUAAUUAAUUUCGUCGUUCCAAUUUCCAACAACAUAAGGAAGGAAAGAAAGAAAACGAGAAACAUGGCAUAACGAUAAAAUUUUUAUUUUUACUAGAUCAUGACAUUUUUUUUUAGUACUUAAAAGUACGGGUGUUACACUUAUGUCAAUAACAAUUUAUAUUUUUGAAUGAAAGCAUGACAGAGCAUAUACCAUAAUAUCCACUGUCAUGGAGGAUAUACAUGGUGAAAUAGGAGAUGAUGAAGUUUUAAAAGAGAGAGAAGAAAUUUUGAAAAAGGUCUAAGGGAAGAAGAUGGUUUCCCAAGAACCUCCAGUUGAAAAGGAGAAAGUGGCCAGAACAACAAAGAAAAUUGUUGAAGCAUUGUGCUCUCCCUACAAUGUCAGAGUAGUAAAUAUAAAAGGAAAACUGAAUAAAGAAGAUAAAGAAAUAAUGUAUUGGUUGAUGACACAUGAAGAAAGCGAAUAUUAUGAGAUGGUUUAUGAGAACAACAUGAUGAGCAUGUUCAAGAUUGAUUUCCAUAGCCUUGCUCCACGUACAUACGUCAGUAUCAACGUCAUAGAUGCAUGGGUUGUGUACCUCAACUACCAUGAAAAAUUCAAAUCAAAGGCAUCACCGAGUCGUCUUUUCAUCAACACCACACCUACGGUAUACAAUAUUACUGCAAGGAAAUCUGAAUUGACUCAAGCCGAGGCUCAAAAAAAAUUCUGCACAGCGUUAAAUGAAUUUGUGUCAAAGAUUGAAAAUUUCAAAUGGGAGAAUUAUGACAUGAUAUUCUUUCCGAUCUGGGCGAACGAACAUUUUUAUAUCAUGUGCUUCAAUCUCAAAAUGCAAAUGAUGGAUGUGAUUGACAAUGCUCUGAUUAGUGAAGAGUUGAUUAAGAAGAAAUAUGGAGCUGCACCAAGUAUGUUGAUGCCAUGGCAGAACGAUACAAAUAAAGUUGACUGUGGAGUUUAUGUGAUGCGCCAAAUGGAGACUUAUAUGGGUGGUGCUGUUCGUAACUGGAAUUCGUGUUUAAUGAAGAAGGGGACAGAGGCUUUCACAAAACUCCGUGCCAAAUAUACUGAAGCAUUGCUUAUUGGAGAUACUAACAAGAAGACUUUUGAGACAUUUACAAUGAUACAGCAGAAGUUUCAGAAUGAUAGCAAAAAAGGGGAAAUCGAUGUUGAAAAGAUGAUUAGAAAAUUUGAACCCCCUAAAGAGAGCUAG